UCCUGACGCAUUGCGCGUACUGAUGCCUUCACGCAUGUUCGGUGUGGGCGCACCUGUCAUGCGCAUCCGGCUGCCCCUUAAUCACGUGUCACCUUAGAAGACUGAAUGUUGCAAGAUGCCGCAAACCUAAGCUGAUGCCUGACUGUGGUUUCCCUUUUAGAGCCAUGUCUGGAGUCAAUCGGAAGGAAAAGAAGUAUGCCAAGUUGAUGAGAAACCAGCCAAGCAAUAUCACCUUUUCCUCAUCCAACCAAGGGGCUGGCAGAUCUGGAAUGGGACCAUCUGAAUCACCGAGUUUUACAAGUUUUCAAGGUACUGUUGGUGGUCAUGUGCAGCAGCAGCAGCAGGUGGCAUCCAGUCAUCAGCCGUCAUCUUAUGGUGAACACCAGAGAAGUUCACACAGAGGAGGUUUCCGAGGGUACAGAGGAAAUUCGAGAGGAAGCUGUCAUGGCUAUUCUCAAAUUCCCAAAUUCAUAACUGCAACAACAUUUGCUCAAGCCCGUGCUGCUGAAAUCAAUGCCAUGUUAAAAGCAGUCACACACAAAUCUGGGUCUCAGUUUCUGCAGUCACUACCACCGACGAUGCGCAGAAGAGCUAUGAGUCACAAUAUUAAACGUCUCCCAAGAAGGCUUCGAGAAAUUGCAAAGAAAGAGGUGGAAAAGAUUUCUCAGCUGAAGAAAGAGCAAUCAAAGAGUAAAUCUCGCAAAGCCCGUCGUCGACAUGGAAACCUGUUAAUGGAAUUUAAUCGAAGACAGCGAAAAAAUAUUUGGCUGGAGACUCAUAUAUGGCAUGCAAAAAGAUUCCAUAUGGUCAAAAAGUGGGGCUACUGUUUGGGCAAUAAACCAACCACUAAAAGCUACAGAGCGUGUUAUCGUGCUAUGACAAAGCAGUGUCUUCUCCAGGAUUUGUCUUACUAUUGCUGCCUGGAGCUGAAUGGUACAGAGAAUAAUCUCCUACAGGCUCUUGCUCGUUUGAGCAGUACGGAUGCAGGUGCAACUUUUGCCUCUGUGGCCUGCCUGUCUGGGAAACGUCAAGGGUCACUGGUUCUUUACAAGGCAGACCAAUACCCUGAGAAACCUCUAGGUCCAGUUACUUUUCUUUGGAGGCCUACAACACAAUCUGAAAGCUCUUCUGGAAACAGACAGCUUUGGAUUUGGACACAUCCAGCACUUAAAAUGGAAUUAUUGACUGAACUUCGGUUGGUCUGUCAAUGUUUGGAUGUCCCUGUACCUGAACCAGCUCCUAAUGAAUGUAAAACUAUAACACAUGAGCCAGAAAAACAAACUAAAGUAGUUGGCUUGAAAAGAAAGCAGCAGGAUAAAGCUGGAGAGUUGGCCAUACCGGAGAAAAAAAUAGUAGGCAAUGGGACCAGGGAUCCAUUGACAACAGUGCUUUGGACAUCAUUAACUACUGGCAUAACUAUAGAGGAUCUGACUAUGGAAAUUAUGAGGUUUCGACUGAUUGGUCCAUUGUCCCAUUGUGUGAUAUUCGAAGCUUUACAAGCUGCUGAUGUCCUGAAAAAGUCCGAAGGGAAGGAGGCGACGGAAACGCACUGCUGGUGGUCAGAGUAUUGCAAGCGACCUGAAAACGUGAACCGUCAUAACUGUCAGAGAGAUAUCCUUGAGUUACUUCUUGGUGUUGCUUCACCAGCGGAAAUUUCAGCAGGCACUGUACUUGGACUUACUGUAGGAGAUCCUCGUCUAAAUAUGCCUAAAAACAGAACCACAGCUAUUCCAGACCUGUCGCAGCCUGAAGAUCUGGAAAAACUCAGGGAUUUACGUUUGAACGGUAUUGGUGCAGAGUGUGCUCAAAGUCAGAUCUGGGAUCGAAAUGCCCGCAAUGUUGUUACAGAAACUAAAAUCUCAGAACAGAAACUGAAUCAGAUGCGAAGCAAGCUGUUAGUCCCUGGGAGUCAUCUGGAUCUAGGGUCACAAGAGUCCAAGAUUCCCAUUCUGUUAGUGCAGCAACCUGGAAAGAUGGCUGGACAAGAGCACACUGGUUGGGGGAGCGGCUGGGAUAUUCUGAUUCCAAAAGGAUGGGGAAUGGCAUUUUGGAUCCCUUUGCUUCUCUUUUUUUUAAUCCAGAUCUAUCGGGGAGCCCGAGCAGGGGGUCUGCAAGAGGGAACCAAGCACUCUCAGUACAAGGGGCUUCCACAUUUCCCAGAUGACUUUCCGGACUGUCCAGCAGGCAUCCAGCACAGUGUGGAGACUGAGAAGGAGUUGAUAGGCAAAUACAAUAAGUAUCCACCAGCUAAGAGGCCUAACUAUAUCCAUCAUGGUACCAUGAGUCCAUUCCGUAGUCCUUGGCAACAGCUAGUAGAAGAAUGGGAAUCCCAGAACCAAGGUGGUGAUAUCAAACUUCCUGUCAGUGGCAAAGAACAAGAGCAGAGGUUGGAAGCACGGAAUUCUAACAAGAAACACAUUGGAGUAUGUGAAAACAAAGCUUCUGAGGCAACACCAAACGAGGAGAAACCUUCAGAGCCAGACGAGGUUUCUGAAAGUGUGACCGCCCUUGAGCCAAACAUAGGAUGUGAAAAUCUCCAGAAUCUAAUAACUCAAGGCACUCCAGCAGAAAGUGGCCAUUUUUCUGUUUUGAGGAGUAGAAAGUUGUUGAAGCAGAUAUCCAUGUGGAGUCAACCUUCAUCCAGCAGGGGUCAGCAGACACAACGACACAGAGGGCCUGCUCAGGUGCAAAUGGCAUCACAUGCUGUAAAAUCCAUCAUCUGCUCUCAUCCGCGGUUCCUGAUCUGGGUGAGGCUAUCGUUGCUGAAGAAAGGCAAUCCUGUUGCUAACGCAACCAUUUGUGUUCCUUCCAAAGAGGACCUUCACCUUUUGGUGUCGGACCCUAAUUGUCCUGGCCCUCAAGAAUCAAAGCACCGAGACCCCUUCAAACAGAACUGCAAAGCCUUGAAGAACAAGAAGAAGAGAGCUUUGUCCAAGGCUCCAGAAACUGCUGUUGCUGCUGAUUUGGGAAUUACAUCCGUUUCUGGUUGUGGAGUCAAUUUAGUUCAAGGAUUAUGGCCUGACCAAAUACAAAAUGUAACGUCCCAUUGCUCCAGACGAACAAUUGGCUAUAUCAGCCAAGGAGAUUUCUCACUAAUUGUAGGCUGUGGAGAAGCACAGGGAUUUGUGAGUUUACUGGGACUCUUGCAUAUGAUGUCCAAUCAGCCGCAAGACCAACGUGGCCUUGCACUUGUAAGGAACCCAGCUUCUCUGCAGUAUCGAUUCGCUAAGAUAAACAUUGAAGUAUAAACCCAAUCUCGGAGGGAUGGGGCUAAAUAUUUAUAUUUCCUUUCAAAAGACCAGUCUUUUAAAAGUAUCCAGUAGAAUCCAGUUACAAAAGUAAAAUACUGCUGGAAUUCUGAAAUUAAAACAGAAAAUGCUUCACAGACAAGGCAAUAAAUAUGGAGAGCUAAAGAAUUUUAAGUCGAUGAUGUUUUUGUUGACGCUGUUGACUCUUUCUCUGUAUACAGAUACCAGCACACCUGGUGAGUUUCUCCAACAUUGUACAUUAUUGUUAUGCUACGAUUCAGUUAUUGAAUUUUAGUUCUAGCGCUGAUGAAUAAGGAAAUCUGGAAUUAGAUUCAAAGAAGGCCUUUUUGUUUUGCUACUGCAGUUAAUGCCAUAUCUACAAGCCAAACUUCCUUCAAAAAGGCAAUUUCCAAUAAUGUUUAUAGUCAACUAAUGAAUUUCGUUGUAACUACAGUAUAUUUUGUUGAUAUGAAAAUGCAGUAGGCAUAAUUAAUUAUUGUGGAGAUUGCUGAACAGAAAAUCAAUUGCUUCA